AUCCUCACCCUGACAACUGACAAUGCCAAUGUCCUGCUGCAGAUUGACAAUGCCAGACUGGCAGCUGACGACUUCAGGCUGAAAUACGAGAAUGAGGUAGCCCUGCGCCAGAGUGUGGAAGCCGACAUCAAUGGCCUACGCAGGGUGCUGGACGAGCUGACCCUUAGCAAGGCUGACCUAGAGAUGCAGAUUGAGAGUGUGACUGAAGAGCUGGCCUACCUGAAGAAGAACCAUGAAGAGGAAAUGAGAGACCUUCAGAAUGUGUCCACUGGUGAUGUGAACGUGGAAAUGAAUGCUGCUCCAGGAGUUGACCUGACUCAAAUGCUGGACAACAUGAGAAACCAGUAUGAACAGCUUGCAGAAAAGAACCGCAAGGAUGUAGAAGCCUGGUUCAAUGAGAAGAGCAAGGAACUCACCACAGAAAUCGACAGCAACAUUGAACAAAUGUCCAGCCAUAAGAGUGAAAUUACUGAAUUGAGACGCACUGUUCAGGGCCUGGAGAUCGAGCUACAGUCCCAACUGGCUCUGAAACAAUCGCUGGAAGCCUCCCUGGCAGAAACGGAAGGUCGCUACUGCGUGCAGCUCUCCCAGAUCCAAAGCCAGAUCUCCGCCCUGGAGGAACAGCUGCAACAGAUUCGGGCCGAGACCGAGUGCCAGAACGCCGAGUACCAGCAACUCCUGGACAUUAAGACCAGACUGGAGAACGAGAUCCAAACCUACCGCAGCCUGCUAGAAGGAGAAGGAGGGUAA